ACUAGUAUAAAUAUACUCAUCACACACUCAGAAAAUCACACAUUUUUUUCAAUACAUAUCAAUGAUGGGUGAAUUUGAGGAAGAAAGAGAAGUAAAAAUGGAUUAUUUCCCAACAAAAGUUGAAGAAAAAGAAGUUGAAUGCAGCAUAAAACAAGUAGAAUUAACAGUACUUAAAACAGAUGAUCCAAACAUGCCUGUUUUAACGUUUAGGAUGUGGGUUCUUGGUCUUGCAGCAUGUAUUUUACUAUCUUUUAUUAAUCAGUUCAUGUGGUACAGACAAAAUCCUAUGUUAAUCACAUCAAUUUGUGCACAAAUUGCUGUUGUUCCUCUUGGUCAUUUGAUGGCCAGAACUAUUACUACUAGAGUGUUCUUUCAAGGUACAAAGUGGGAGUUUACGUUAAAUCCUGGCCCUUUUAACGUUAAAGAGCAUGUUUUGAUCACCAUUUUCGCCAACGCUGGUGCUGGAAGUGUGUAUGCUACUCAUAUAUUGAGUGCUGUUAAGCUUUUCUAUAAGAGGAAACUUUCCCUUCUUCCUGCUAUUCUUAUCAUGCUUACUACUCAGCUAUUGGGGUUUGGAUGGGCUGGUCUAUUCCGGAAGUAUCUCGUCGAGCCUUCAGAAAUGUGGUGGCCUGGUAAUUUGGUUCAAGUCUCAAUAUUCAGGGCUCUACAUGAUCAUGAAAAAAGAGCUAAAGGAGGCAUAAACAGAACACAGGGCUUCCUUAUCAUUCUAUGUUGUGCUGCUGCUUAUUGUGUGCUACCAACUUACCUCUUCAUUAUGACCACAAGUUUUUCUUGGCUAUGCUGGAUUAAACCAAAAUCUGUUCUAGUUAAUCAGUUGGGUUCGGGAACUCAAGCCCUUGGAAUUGGUUCUUUUGCCAUAGACUGGUCAACCAUUUCUUCGUACCUAGGGAGUCCUCUGGCUAGCCCUUGGUUCGCUACAGCUAAUGUAGCCGCGGGAUUUGUGAUCAUGAUGUAUGUACUGAUGCCAAUCUGUUAUUGGUUUGAUGUGUUGAAGGCGAAGAGCUUCCCUAUCUUUUCUCAGAGUCUUUUUAAGGGUGAUGGAUCAGUGUAUGAUAUUAAAACAAUUGUUAGUUCGAAUUUUGAGUUGGACAAGGCAGCGUAUGCCAGCGAUGGUCCUCUAUAUCUUAGCACUUUCUUUGCCAUGACAUAUGGCUUAGGAUUUGCUACACUUUCUGCUACUAUUGUCCAUGUCUUAAUCUUCAAUGGAAGGGAGAUAUGGGGACAAGUCAAGGGGGCUUUUGGAGGAUCAGAGAAAAUGGAUAUACACAUGAAGCUGAUGAAGGCUUACAAACAAGUACCAAAUUGGUGGUUUCAUAUCCUUUUAGUGUUAAACAUUGUUUUGACGGUGUUUACAUGCGAAUACUACAAGGAAUCACUUCAACUGCCAUGGUGGGGUGUGCUUCUUGCUUGCGCGCUUGCUUUCUUUUUCACCCUCCCUGUAGGUGUCAUACAAGCCACUACAAACCAGCAACCGGGUUUGAAUAUCAUCACAGAAUACAUUAUUGGAUAUCUGUACCCAGGGAGACCCGUUGCUAAUAUGUUGUUUAAGGUGUAUGGCUACAUCAGUAUGACUCAAGCUCUAAACUUCAUUAUGGACUUCAAGCUCGGUCAUUACAUGAAGAUCCCACCUAGAUCGAUGUUUAUGGCUCAGACUGUAGGGACCGUAGUAUCAGUAGCAGUUUACACCGGAACAGCCUGGUGGAUGAUGGAAUCAAUCCCUCAUAUCUGUGACAAGUCACAGUUGCCACCUGACAGUCCAUGGACCUGCUCAUUCGACAGGACCUUCUACUCAGCUUCGGUUAUAUGGGGGCUCGUAGGGCCACGCAGGAUCUUCGGAAACCUGGGGUACUACUCACAUGUUAACUGGUUCUUCCUAGCAGGAGCCAUAGCACCUUGCCUAAUUUGGCUAGCUCAUAAAGCAUUCCCAAAGCAAAACUGGAUCAGACUUAUUAACAUGCCAGUUCUUCUGGGUGCAACCAUGAUGAUGCCUCCUGCUAGCGCGGUUAACUUCAUUAGUUGGAUCAUUGUUGGGUUCCUUUCAGGGUACAUUUUCUUCAGGUACCGCCCAAAGUUAUGGGAACGCUAUAAUUACAUCCUUUCGGGAGGUCUUGAUGCAGGAACUGCUUUCAUGACUAUUCUUAUCUUCUUCUGCUUGCAAUAUGUUACCAACAUUAGUCUUGACUGGUGGGGGAACCAUUCUGAUGAUGUGAUGUGCCCCUUGGCUAAGUGUCCUACGGCUAAAGGGAUUGUGGUUGAUGGCUGCCCUGUCUUUUGAUUUCUGAACUUAAGUUACUGCUUUAGUGCGUGAUUCAUGGUUUCAUUUCAGAUGGGAUUGCUGAUAUAUUUAGUAGUUAUUGUAAAUACUUCUCCAAAGGGGUGUGAUUUGAUUUAUAAGGAAGUGAGGAUCCAGAAAGGGUAGAUGAAUUCUUUUAGCUAGAACAACACAUAGAAUUGAAGUAAGUUGAAGUUGUAUUUGAAUGGUCAAAUUGUACAUAUUUGAACUCAAUAAACUAGUAUUUGGGCUC